AUGAUUACACGAGGCAAGAGCCGUCUUCGACGCGGCAACUUGUCAACGCUUAUAGAUAGUGUCGUCGUUCCAACAACAAACGAACCUUUACACUUCCUCUACCCCCGCUGGGCACGAUCAGGCUUGCUACUGUCACGAUUGUACCAUAUACGGCCUCCACUCUUCUCUCCACGACGUCCAAAACCAAGCGGAGCCUUUUCGGAACCGCCACGGCGCCACGCAGCGCCUGAUACCCAGUCUUGCCGAUGGCUUUCUCAUGAGGGAUCUGCUCCCAAGGAAGACAAAGCUGAUAUCGUCUCAGAUGCAUCGGAUUUGAGUCCAGUAUCUGAAUCGGCACAGUAUGGUGUUCUCGAGAGCGAAUCGCUCAAUUCGGUGCAUGGCGAUUUGCCUGGGCAGGACAACCAUGAAACUCACCCCGGCGGUCCAUUUGAGGAUGUACACAAUGACAGCAGCUCCACAGAAAAAGUUGUGAUUCGAAGGACGCUGUCAAAAGGGAUGUCCAUCAACGACAAGAAGCGGCUCGCCGCUGAACGCAUUCGUUCCCGAAAGGGGGUCGGGCUGUUUGGAGAACAGCAAACAUACGUGGACGCGGCUAAAUUGGGUUAUCGGAAGUACGUUAAUAAGUGGCGUCAAGCAGUCACUGGGAAAAGGUCGUUGCCCCCUCACUGGACUGAAAUUAUGGCGAUACUUGAAAAGUUCCAUGUUGAAAUGCCCGUGACACCGAAAUCAACCGUCCACAAAGAGAUCCUGGUACGAGAGGAAGUCGUCGUACAGCUUUCCGGAGACACAACGGAAAAGGAAAAUAUAUGGUUUAUUGAAAUCCGAAACGGCUGUCGACUGCGGGUGCUGGAUGCUGUCGAAAGCGAAGGUAUAUUACGCAAGGUGGUCUUAUCUGGGACCAGGAGAGCCGUUGAGUUGGUAGAGAAACAAAUAAAGCAGGUGGAUGAACAGCAGGUAGCGGCAAUGAAUUUGCCAUUGGAUCAGAGAGGGUCUCAAAUGGCGAGGUCAUGGCUGCCCAUUAUCCCAUCAAUACUCGCAUAUAAAAAAACAGGCCAGCCGCUACCCCUUAUCCGUGGUCAUUGGGAUGAUAAAAUCAUUACCAAGGGCGAUCCAUUGGCACGACGGCCAAAAUUCACCGAUAUCCGGGGAUUUGCACAAUAUGUCGAACAAUUAAUUACAGCUCGCCCCAAUCUGCCCACCAAACCUGGAGACCCUCCGUAUAUCAACGGAGUGGCUCAACGACUUCGGUUCAUAUUCACAGAACCGGGGAAUCGGAUUUAUCUAUCGACUUAUGCGUUGAAUCGAGCCUUGACGUUUCUGUGCGAACAUGAAUACCUGGAUUCAGCGCGCCACGUAUUCAGAGCCUCCCAGACCGUGGCUACAGUAAACUCGUACAACAUCUUCUUCCGAUCAACUGCCAGACGUCAAGACUUCUUCUUCUUCAUGGGCCUUCUGUCGGAGAUGGGAAAAUCCGGAAUGCAGCCAAAUGGGGCCACUUGGGUGGCUUUCUUAGAGAGCCUUCUUUCGCCGGGCCCGAGGACUCAGGUGAUUGAGCGUAUGACGGAACUAGGGUUCCUCAAAGAUAGGAGGGUGGAACUAGACGUUGUACAAAACAACAUUGGAAUGAUAUUAUUCCCGCAUCUGCGAAAGGGUCUUGGGAUUAAAUCUUUUCUCGAGGAAUUGGAGCAGAGUCAUGGCCAUGAAAUCAUAUCGACUUAUACAUUGAAUCUGAUUUUGGAACAAGUUACGCCGCGACGAGAUUCCGACCUUCUGCGAGAAAUUUUCGAAUGUUUCAAAAAGUAUGGGCUCACCCCGGACAGCAGGACCUUUAACCUAGCGUUCAACCAUUUUAGAGGCAUGGACAUGGCCCAUUUCUUCCUGAGCUCAUAUAUCUAUCAUCAUGAGUACGCGCUCAGCCCGUUGAACUACGAGAAAAUGUUCCGUAUCGCCAUAACAUCGAACCUGUACAACACCUGUCGCGUCAUUUGGAGAUAUGCCUGUUUGAAAGGCGCCACGACCCCGCUAAUGCGACAUAUCGUGCGGAGCUCUCUAGCAGGGGCAAACAAGGGCCGAGCCAGGGACCAAGACCAGAUUGAGUAUCACAUUGGCUCGAUUGUGAUUGGCCUAGAGUACUUGCGCAAAGUGCAAGUGCAUGGAGAGAUGUUCAAAAUGGCCCCUGGUGAGGUUGAGCUUGGAAGGAACGUGGUGGCACAUUUGAUUCAUACUAUGGAACCGGCGUGCAGUGAGAGGAUGAAGCUCGCGACCCAGUUGGUGAAUGACGAUGUUGAGCAGGGUCCGCAACGCCAGAGUGUUGAGUCGUUCAACAUGAUGCUGCAUGCGGCUACCACGCUCGAUAAGGAGACGCAGUGGCAUUCGAAGCAUGCAGACCAUCCGGCCAUGAAUAGGCGGCCGACUGUGGAUAUUCUGAAAGAAGUCAUCGCAGUGCCUAUACGGUAG